CAUCGUUGACCUCUUUGUGGCCCCCCCGGUCAAAAGGUUUGCCCUCCCCUGAUCUAGACACACUUCUCUGUAUGAUCUCCAUGGUUUCUACUUUGCUUCCAGCACAGAUGGUGACAGACUUCCAGGAAGGACAGACUCUGUCCAAACGGGACUGAUGGCUCUGGAGCGAUUCAGCAAUGUGGUCCAGCUGUGUCAAGCCCUCCCAGAGAACCGCUACACCGCUGAACACCACGACAGCUUCACGGCUGCGGGGAGAGCCUGCAUCCAGGAGGGACACUGCACCGACGUCCUCAGUAUUCUGCUGGAUGAGAAGAACCAGGACACGGUGAGUUGCAUGGGCUGGACUCUGCUGCCUCCACUGAUCCAGCUGCUGUUGAAGAAAGAAGACCAGAACUUACCCCGGUGGGCGGCCAUCUUCACCCACCUGCUGGAGACCUGCAGACCUAAAGAGCUGCUGAUCGGCCUGCUGGAGCAGCUGGAGCACAGUGAUCCUCACACAGCAGCUGAGAGCCUCCACCUGCUGCUGAAGCCUCUUCAGAAAGUGCUGCUGCGUCUGGGCAGCCGGAAGGCCUCGUCUCUGGGCAUGACCCUGUCCUCCGUGCUGGACCAGCUGAUCAAGCUGCCCCUUCCCCUUACAAAGGAGCAAGAGGAGACCGAUGAGUUCUCCGUCUGCCGUUGCUGCAUUGAGCUCGCAGACUUUGUCAGGCCCUUUUUCCAAGAAGCCAGACAAAGUCUGAGCAGCAGGAGCGACCGGGACUGCGGUCUGGAGGACGAGCUGCGGGCGGAGCUUCUGAAGUUCUGCAUGAAGACGCUGAGUCACCUGCUGCUGGAGGUGCAACUCAGGGGCCCGGACGAGCUGACCGAGUCUCCACUCAGGACCUUUGCCACCCACAUUCUGGAUGGUCUGGCUUCAGUGGGAGAGCACCUCCACAGUCUGGUUUUCCAGCCCGUGUUGAAGAGGAAGCACGUACCAGGCUUCCUGGAGGAGGAAGUGCGUUACCCUAAGGCGUCUUUGGCGAGCGUGGCUCACCUGGUGUUUGUGCAUCACCUGGCUGCUGACAGGUUCCCCAGCAUUUUUAGUCCGGUGUUCUGCCUGCGGUGUAACAUGGAGCACAUCUUCCUGCUGCUGUCCAGCACCGAGGAUCUAAAGCUUCAGAAAGGUCUGGAGUUGUAUGAGGAGAGUCUGAUGCGGCUGGAGGACGGCUCUCUGCCAGCAGAUCUGCUGCAAAUCAGAACCUUCCUCACCGUCCCGCAGAACAUGGUGAAGGUCAUGACGUUGUGUCCUCGCCAUGAUUUGAGGACUAAAGGUCUGAAGGUCUUCCAGCUGAGCAUCGAGAAGUUUGACACAGAAGCCAAGUACCGGCUUUUCCAGUACAUCCUCAGGACUAGCAAUCACUCCGGAGUAGAAGGCUACAUCAUCAAAAACAUCCGGACUCAGAUCCACAUCGCCCUGCAGCCGGGAAACUGUAACGUCUGGUUUGAGGGGGUCCAUCUGCUGCCCCUGCUGCGCAACGUCUUCAGUCUGCCCGAUGGACCAGAGACGGACCUGCUGCAGUACCUGGACCGGCUCAUGGAGGCUCUCAACCUGCUGCGCUUCCUCGUCAUCAGGGACAAAGUGACGGAGAAUCAGACGGGAGUCUGGACAGAGCUUUAUAAGAUCCAGGAUUCCUUCCUCCAGCCCCUGCGUGUGGGGCUCAACAUGUCACGGGCGCACUACGAGCAGGAGCUGCGCAACCACACAGAGCGCCGGCGCAACACAGAGGAGCCGGUCCUGUCUGUGAGCGUCAGCAACGAGAAGCUUCCACAAAUGACGCCGGCGGCCCAGAUCCAGGCUCUACAUUCAGCCCUCCACACCUUCGACAUGAUGGAGAGCGUGGUGGCUCGGAUAGAAGAACUGACGGAGGCGAAGGAGGAUCCGUGAGCUGCAGCGCCUUCAUCCUCCUCAUCCUCUGCUGUUUGCUUUUCUAAUGUCCAUGAAGGCUUUUUUAAUAGCGUUUCUAAUAAAUGUCUAAACUUUUG